AUGGAUGACGCAGAGCUUGAUCAGAUCCGAAAGGCUCGUCUAGAGCAGCUCAAGGCCCAAGGUGGCGGUAGCAGUGGAGGUGGUGGCUCCGGGCAAGAGCAGCAACAGCGCCAACAGCAGCAGCAAGAUGACGCUCGCCAACACGUCCUCAACCAGAUUCUUCACCCCGAAGCCGCCGAUCGUCUGGGCCGCAUCCGUCUCGUCAAGGAAUCGCGCGCCGCGGACAUCGAGAAUCGACUCAUCACACUUGCCCAGACAGGCCAGCUGCGACAAAAGGUUACCGAGGAGCAGCUCAAGGAACUUCUCAACGCCAUGUCUGAGAGCAAGGAAGAGGAGAAGAUUGUCGUGAGCAGGCGCAAGGCUUGGGAUGACGAUGAUGAUUUGGACUUGUAA